CACCACCGGACCAAAUCUAAUUCUCUGUAAAAGACGACGACGACGAACAUGGCGACGAGCAGUGCUGCUUCUGUUGAUAUGGAAGAUAUUCAGACCGUUGAUCUCAUGUCUGAGCUUCUUCGCCGCAUGAAAUGUGCCUCUAAACCUGACAAACGUCUCGUCUUCAUCGGUCCACCUGGUUCAGGAAAAGGUACACAGUCUCCAGUCAUAAAGGAUGAGUUUUGUUUGUGUCAUUUGUCUACUGGUGACAUGCUUAGAGCUGCUGUUGCUGCUAAGUCUCCUCUUGGUGUUAAGGCAAAGGAAGCAAUGGAUAAGGGAGAGCUUGUUUCUGAUGACUUGGUUGUUGGUAUCAUGGAUGAAGCAAUGAACAGACCCAAAUGUCAGAAAGGUUUCAUUCUUGAUGGGUUCCCGCGGACUGUUACACAAGCAGAGAAGCUUGAUGAGAUGCUUAAUAGAAGGGGAGCUCAGAUAGAUAAGGUGCUGAAUUUUGCGAUCGAUGAUUCGGUUCUGGAAGAAAGAAUUACUGGAAGGUGGAUUCACCCUUCAAGUGGAAGAAGCUAUCAUACUAAAUUCGCACCUCCUAAAGUUCCAGGAGUCGAUGAUCUGACUGGAGAGCCAUUGAUUCAACGUAAAGAUGACAAUGCGGAUGUUCUUAGAUCAAGGCUGGAUGCAUUCCACAAGCAGACGCAACCGGUAAUUGACUACUACGCGAAGAAGGGGAAUCUGGUGAACAUACCAGCAGAGAAGGCCCCGGAAGAGGUUACGAAAGUGGUGAAGAAGGUUGUAUCUACAUGAAACUGAAAAACGAAAUGGCAUCAGUUUAAGAUGUAUCUUUUUUUCUUAUCUUAAAUAACUCUCCUGAGUUUUUUUGUUCCCCCCCGGAAUGUCUUUUUUCUUGAGAGCAACAUUUGCUGCAGUUUUGUGCAGUGUGUUUCACUAAGGUUUAUUGCUUGCGACUGGUAAUGUCAGGUGAAUA